UUUACAUUAUUAAUACAUUACUUAACACGUGAUAUAAUAUAUGUAUAGUCUAUGAAAGAUACGACAUCUCAACGAUAAUAACAAUAACCACAACAACUGAUCCGUCAAAAGCAACGACAAUAAUGUCGAUAAAAACACCGACAAAUCAGCAACGGCUGACUAAUGUGGCCAUUGUUCGCAUGAAAAAGUGUGGCCAACGAUUUGAAAUUGCCUGCUAUAAGAAUAAAGUGGUCUCUUAUCGGCAAAAAGUCGAGAAAGACAUCGACGAAGUACUGCAGACACCGAUGGUGUUUACAAACGUAUCCAAAGGACAGACGGCUAAGAAAGAAGAUCUUCUGAAGGCUUUUGGCACCGAUGACCACAUGAAGGCUUGUCUUGAGAUCCUAGCGAAAGGUGAGCUACAGAUCAGCGAAAAGGAAAGAAGUCAUCAAUUGGAGGGUACAUUCAAAGAGAUAGCCACAGUUGUGGCCGACAAGUGUGUCAAUCCGGAGACCAAACGGCCAUAUAGUGUCAAUAUGAUUGAGAAAUGUAUGAAACAGUUGCACUUUUCUGUUAAACCCAAUCGCAACAGUAAACAACAGGCCGUCGAACUGAUUCCACAGUUGAAGACAGUUAUGCCCAUAGAGAGGGCACAGAUGAAGCUACGGGUAAUCACACACAAGAAAAACAAACAAAAACUAACAGAAUUUGCUGCUAGUGUUGAAUCGGAAGAACUCAAAGAUGACGGUCAACUGGAAAUGGUGUUUAUGGCCGAUCCAGGAAACUAUCGGCCAAUCGACCAGUUGGUUAACAGUACACCUAAAUCGCAGCUACACGUCCUUUUGUUGCGCGAGAUCGAGGACGGGGAGGCGUCACUCGAAUGAUACUCCGGCCGCACCCAACCUAACGCUCCAAUAUUGCAAACCCAUUGCAUCCAAAUCUUUGUAUAGGUU